GAAGAAUUGAAACUGUGUGGUUUGAUAACUCACUCUAAUAUAUAUGGCCGAUGGAGUUCAACUACACGUUAAGCUGGGAUGGAUAGUAUUCCUCCUUAUAGUCGUCAAUAUUAUAAUGGUGAUGGGGUGAAGAAGUUAAUGAGGUGAUUCAGGGAAGACCCAAAGUUGUGCACUUUAAUCUGCAUUCCCCAAGAUUGGUAUCAGAUGAAUGACCCUUUUUCAGCAAGGGUGUGGAAUUUCACAGGAAUAUGUUUGGUUUGGCAGGUUUGUCUUUUUGAAGAUAAGAGGAUUCUUCUUGUUUUAACUGGAAUUGCAACAGAAGCGUCCAAAUUUUCAGAUUCUUCGGAUUCUCCUCUACAUGAAGGUAAAAAAAAACCUAGAAGGAAUAGAACAACCUUUACAACUGCACAAUUGACGGCUUUAGAAAAAGUAUUCGAAAAAACUCAUUAUCCUGAUGCGUUUGUGAGAGAAGAUCUUGCAAAUAAAGUCAGUUUGACAGAAGCUAGAGUCCAGGUAUGGUUCCAGAAUAGAAGAGCAAAAUUCCGACGCAACGAGAGGAGCUUAUGUUUACAACAGACUUCGAAUAACUCAAAGUCCCCCAAGAUUCAAUCACCACCAUAUCGCCUUGAAGAAACAGAGAAAAAUAUUUUUCGAUCAUCGACUAUACCACCACACAUUAACAACAGUGAAAUACAAUACGUCCUACCCUGGAAAUGCUCCCAAUAUCAACCGGAUUUCUACACCACCAGCUUCAGUAAUUCCCAAACUUGUGGUUUUAUCCAAGCACCAACUUUCAAGUAUUGCACCAACGAUUUACAGACUAAUAGUUUAUGCAACAGGUUUGAAAUGAAUGGACUCAGAUACAGACAUCCUGAUUUUGGGUUAUAACAGAUUGUACAUACUUCUUAAGAAUGUCAUUAGGAUUUAUUGCAUAUAAGUUAUUUGAUUUAUAAGAGAAUGUAUAAAAAUAUAUAAUCAUAUAUCAGUUUACAUAUAGAAAUAUAAUCACACCCUAUACAGAGGUGUUAUCCAGCUUAUCAGUCAUAGUGCAACAAGUAUAGUCAAAAUCAAAGAGUAACAAACUUAGAUAGAGGGAGUAUACGCAAUUUUCACAUGUCCCCAACAUCGUUUUAUUACGUUGUCGGAUUGUGAUAUAUUUUCAAAUCCACAAUUUUACUAUAUCA